CUCCACUGGGGGGAAAGGAAAGAGACCAAGACCCAAGAGAUACACUGACAGACAAGAAGAGAGAUAGCCUCAGUGGUCCCUAACUCUCUAACGGUAAGGGUAGCAGAGGAGACAUACAAGAGGCAGUGUGUUCAGGAGAGCCAAGGGCAUUUGGGCUGCGUUACCCCUUUAGCCCUCUAGUGGGCGCCCUCCUCUCUCAUAUCAGGCCUGGAGGGACAUGGCCAUCUGAAAGACUCCUCUCUCUACCACCUUCCACCACUCCCUCUAUCAGUCUCUCUUUUCAACAACGUAACGCUAAUCAACCCUCGUUGCCAUGGAGAAGACAUACUCCCUCACGGCCCACUACGAUGAGUUCCAGGAGGUCAAGUAUGGUGGUCGCUAUAGCAGUGGCACCCUUAGCAACGGCAUGAGCCUGCACUUGGGUGGGAGCCUGGACCGUAAUGUUGGGCGGGGCCGAGGCAAAGGGGGUGGGGCUAGUGAUCGGAGUCGGGACCUGAGUGGCAUCAACAGCGGACAGGGACUUCCUCGAUGGAGCCGCAGGGAGAUCUGCCUGCUCUCUGCUCUGGUGUUUGCUGCGGGGAUGUGUGUCAUCCUGGGCAGCAUGCUGGCACUCAAAUACAUCUCCCUCGACUUCCAGCAGGAGGCGCACUGCAGACAGGACUGCCAGAAGAAACGCUCGUUAGUCCGAGCUGCACGCUUCGUCCAGGCCAACAUCGACCCCACCAUCCAGCCCUGCCAGGACUUCUACAGCUUUGCCUGCGGCGGCUGGCUACGACGCCAUGGCAUCCCAGAGGACAAGCUGAGCUACGGCAUCAUCACCGCCAUCGGAGAGCACAACGAGGAGAAGCUACGACGCCUCCUACUGGAGCCCGUGCGCCGGCACACCGUGGACUCGGCUGAACGCAAGGUGAAAGAGUUCUACCGCUCCUGUGUGAACAUCCAGGAGAUUGACAAGCUGGGGUCGGGGCCCAUGACAGAGGUGAUUGACAGCUGUGGCGGGUGGGACCUGGUUGGAGUGCCCUCUGGUGGUGCGGGGUGGGAGAGCAGUACUGCACCAGCCAGACCAGACUUUGAUGAGCUGCUCUAUAGGACCCAGGGGGUGUACAGCACAGCUGUCUUCUUCUCUCUCACUGUCAACGUAGACGAUAAGAACUCCUCACGCAACGCUAUCAGGAUUGAUCAGGAGGGGCUCACACUGCCUGAGAGGACUCUGUACCUGGGGCAGGAUGAGGACAGUGUGAAGAUCCUGGCAGCUUACAAGGCCCUGAUGGAGCGUCUGCUAAGCAUGCUGGGAGCUCACAAUGCCACUCAGAAGUCCAAAGAGAUCCUACAGCUGGAAACACGCCUGGCCAGCAUCACUGUGUCUGAGUAUGAUGAACAGAGAAAGGACAUCAGCAUUAUGUACAACCGCAUCACCCUGAGAAAACUACAGCACAUCGCUCCCAGUCUGCACUGGAAACGUUUGUUGGACAGAAUCUUCCAUGAUAACUUCUCUGAGGAUGAAGAGAUUGUGGUGUUGGCUACUGACUACAUGGAGAAAGUCUCAGAGAUCAUCAAUACCACCUCCAAAAGGGUUCUCCAUAACUACAUGCUGUGGCGGAUUGUAGCAGCUCUCAGUGAACACCUGUCCACGGCGUUCCGAAGCACCAUCCAUGAGUUUUCCCGGGAGAUUGAUGGUACGGAGCGUCAGCUGGAGCUGGGGAUGCUGUGUCUCACCCAGGCUAACAAACACUUUGGCAUGGCCCUGGGAGCACUCUUCGUCAAGCAACACUUCUCCUCUCACAGUAGGGCCAAGGUACAGGAGCUGGUAGAGGACAUAAAGCACUCACUGGACCUCCGGCUGCAAGAGCUGGACUGGAUGGAUGAGGUGACCAAGGAGGCAGCCAGGGCCAAGCUGCAGCAUAUGAUGGUGAUGACAGGCUAUCCAGACUUCCUCCUCAAACCAGAGCUCAUAGACCAGGAGUACGGGUUUGAUGUGGAUGAAAAUACCUAUUUCAAAAACAUCCUCAACAGCAUCAAGUUCAACAUCAAGAUGUCUGUCAAGAAGAUCCACAAGCAGGUGGACAAGACUGCGUGGCUCCUUCCCCCUCAGGCCCUCAAUGCCUACUAUCUCCCAAACAAGAAUCAAAUGGUAUUUCCCGCUGGAAUCCUUCAGCCCACGCUGUACGACCCCGAGUUUCCACAAUCUCUGAACUAUGGAGGAAUAGGAGCCAUCAUCGGUCAUGAGCUGACACAUGGAUAUGAUGACUGGGGGGGCCAGUAUGAUCGCUAUGGCAACCUGAAGCAGUGGUGGACGGAGGAGUCAUACAAGAAGUUUCAGAAGAAAGCAGAGUGCAUCGUCAAACUCUACGACAACUUCACGGUCUACAACCAGCGGGUGAAUGGCCGUCUGACUCUGGGGGAGAAUAUAGCAGAUAUGGGAGGCCUUAAGCUGUCUUACUUUGCAUAUCAGAAGUGGAUCAGAGAACAUGGUCCAGAAAGACCUCUCCCUGGACUCAAAUACACACAUGAACAACUACUCUUCAUCGCCUUCGCACAGAACUGGUGUAUGAAGAGACGGUCUCAGUCCAUAUACCUGCAGCUACUGACUGACAAGCACGCACCAGAACAUUACAGGGUGAUUGGCAGCGUGUCCCAGUUUGAUGAGUUUGCCCGAGUGUUCCACUGUCCAAAGGGUUCCCCCAUGCACCCUGUCGACAAAUGUUCUGUAUGGUGACCCCUCAACACUGACCUCUGAACUUCACCACCCACCAACAACUAGAACUUACCUGUGACCUGAACUAAACUCUUCUAACCAACCUAUCAGACAUUAUGUUCAGUUUCACUUUUACUUCCAUCUCAAUCCUGGGACUACCUUUUCCUAUUAUCACAGAAUUUGCAAGCAAAUAAUGUCAUCACCACCAGGCAAAACCAUGAUCACUUCACUGUCUACUCAUGUAGACAUCCAGUGCUUGACUUGGGCAGGAGCUCCCCAGAGCAGAGUACCGGCACCUCAAAUUUUCUACUGCUUGAGCUCCUGAUUCUCUUAUAGAAUAUUAGCUCAAAGUAUUGUGGAGCUCUUACACCAACAUGAGUACCUGCACCUAUUUGAGUACCUGUACCUAUUUAAAAGUCAAGCACUCAUUUAAGCAUAUCAUUUAAUUAUAUAUUUGUAGUAUACAUCUAUUUUUUACAACAGAUGGGAUUACCUUUUUGGUUUUGAGUUGUGUGAUGUCAAUUCAUUAUAAUUAUUUGAAUCACUUUUGACAGUAGUCAAGUGUUAUUAAAUCCAAUUUAAUGCAACAGGUUCAGAGUUGGUGUUAUCAAGAACUUUGUGUAGAAGGGAUUGGGAAUGGGGAUUGUACUGCCUGAAUGACAGUGGCCAGUAUGGACUGUACUCACUGGGAUCAGUGUGUUGCCAAUGUUUUUGUGAGUCUUUUCUAUGAGGUAAAUAGUGGACACCGUGCUGCCAUGCUGCCCUCAAGUGGCUGAACAAAGAAGUGGUCUCCACUGUGGAGUCCUUGUUCGUCUUGACUGUUGUUUCUUGUCUGGCCUUGGCCUUGUGGACAUCAUUGGAAUGGUGUUACUGUGAGUAUGUGUGUGUUUGUACGGUUUUGAAGGUCCCUUUUCUAAUGAGAGUGGAAUCCAUAGUGACCUUUUGCUCAGGAUUUGUAGCUAAGUGUGUGUCCAGCGGCCAAAGUGCCAAAGAAUAGUGAUGGAACAUCAUGGAUUAGUCCGUCUAAACCCUUAACCCCUCUACUCCUACCUUAGUGUACAUCAUGGUGAACUAUGCUUCUCGAUGCACCGGAUACUCCAAACUCCUCACAACCCCAUGUCUCACUGUCACACCCUAGAGUAUAGAUUCUUUAUCAAGAAGACUGUGUUUCUAAGAUGGAAACAUGGUCCUGUUGAACAACUUCAUCUAUCCUAUUGGACAACUUCAACUGAGAGUCAUUUCGAUUUGACAUUAUGGACUCGGAGCCCUUCCUAUUGGAUUAUGUUAACUCCGGCCUUCCUUGAUACAGCACAUACUCUCGCUGAUGAACUCUGAUGAAUGCCCCUGGCCUGGUCUGCAUAGCCAAGAAGCUUUCAAAGGAAGGAUCAAUAUGACUGAUAUUCCACGGUCAUAACAAAUCAUCUACAUGCUGUACACACAAACUGUGACUCCAGUCAAGACAGAGAAAAAAAAGAAAACACAUUUGUACAGUGAUAUAAAAAAGAUAUUAUAAUUUUGUAUAAAGAAUCUAAAAUUAAGAACAAUCUAUGUAUAAGUUAUAAUUGUACAGUUAUUUUUCUGAAAACAGCAUGUUCAAAACCAGCUUUACAGUUAAGACUGAGAUAAAAAGAUGACAUCACACACAGUUCUCAGCAUUCAGCUGCCAUGUCAUAUAUGUGGCUGCUGUCUCAUAUAUGUGGCUGCUAUCUCAUAUAUGUGGCUGCUAUCUCAUAUAUGUGGCUGCUAUCUCAUAUAUGUGGCUGCUAUCUCAUAUAUGUGGCUGCUAUCUCAUAUAUGUGGCUGCUCGUGCUCGCUCAUAUUUCUUGGUGUUCAAUGUUUUAAAUAAAUA